CUAUGACGUCACGACACGGUGGACACAAACAGGCUCCCCUUGACUAAGAGUAAGACAGUCACGCCGCUUUCUUACACUACUAGUAGCCUCCUAUACUCUAUCUCUCUCUCUACCACCGUCAACCACGCCACCACAGCCAUGACAGCCCUGCAGACACUGAUGGAGAUGGGUUUCUCCGAGAACAGUGCAAAGAAGGCGUUAGCAGUGACUGGAGGAGGAGGUAUAGAACAAGCAAUGGAGUGGCUUUUAGCGCAUGCUGAUGAUCCUGGGAUUAAUGAUCCACCUGCUGAAGCAGAAGCUGGUCAUUCAGUAGGUUCUAAACCAGAUGAGAAGAUGGAAACUGAUGUACCAGAAGGGCAGGAGUCGGUUGAAGAGAAGGGAUCAGGUGAAGGGAAAGAGACGGGUGUACAGCAGGAGUCGGGUGAAGGAAAGUCGGGGGAAGGUGAAGAUGAAACAAAUGAAGGUGCAAAAUCCAUCAAAUGUGAUGAUUGUGGGAAGCUCUUCAAAUCAUCUGAAGAAGUAGAGUUCCAUGCAAUCAAGUCUGGCCAUUCCAAUUUCUCAGAAUCCACCGAGGAAAAAAAACCAUUGACAGCAGAAGAGAAACAGGAAAAGAAAAGGUUAUUAGAAGAAAAAAUUAAGCAACGAAGGAAGGAAAGAGAGCAAGAGGAGGAAAAGGAAGCAAGGGACCGUGAAAGAAAACGUAUUCAGAUGGGUCAAGAAAUUACAGAGAGAAAGCGCAUCAUGCAGGAGCAGGAGAUGAAACGCAUUGCUGAGGAUCGCAGGAGGGAGAAACUGGAAGACAAGAUUGCAAGGCAAAAAGUAAAAGACCAGAUUGAGCGCGACAGGCUGGCCAGGAAAGAAAUGUUUGCCAACAAAGGUGAAGGAGGAUCACAAGCUACUGUUGCACCUCCCAAGCCUCAGCCAACACCUGUUCCACAGCCGACCCAGAAGAAGGAAUACACUACAGCAAGACUUCAGAUUCGCCUUCCAAGUGGAACACCACUUGUGCAGGAGUUCAAGGCCAAAGAAGCUUUAUCAGCAGUUCGUCUCUGGAUUGGCCUCAAUCGCCAGGAUGGCCUUCCUGCAGAUGCCCCAUUUAAACUGUCCACAUCAUUUCCACGUAAGGUGUUUUCUGAUGAAGAUAUGGACAAGCCAUUAGAUGUUUUAGGUCACAAAGUAUUUAAAUCAACCAAAUAAACAAACUCCAAACACUAAAUUAGUAGUCUAAAUUCUUGACACAACACUGAAAUAGUCUCGUGCCGCUACCCAGUUCUUGGCUAUGUUAUGGGAAAAUAAGUCAGAGCUUGCCUAAGGUAUGAACCAUCUUCAAUGUACAGUAUUUGAUUAUCCUAAUUUUGCCCCGCACCUGCUGCUCAUAAUCAAUUUAAACUCUCUCUUCCUCUUAUAUUUACAUUGUACAUUCAUUUAAUUGACUAAACCAAUGUUAUAUAUUAAUUUCAGCCAGUUAUAAAAACCACAAGCCUCUCACUUGAGAUUUUUGCAAUCUUCAAUCCUUCCACACAUUACCAAAGUGUGGGGUAACGAGUCUCUUUCCUCUAAAAUUUCUAUGGCUCUAUCAUAGAAACAGUCAAUUUGUUACAUAGGGUCUUCUCGUUUGAAAGCCAUAUUGUCUUGUCUGUUACAUCUUUCUCUCUAGGUGUCCUACCCAUUUUGUUUUAAUUAAUUUUUCAGUGUUUUGAUGAUCAAAUUACAAUUUUAGCAUUAAGAUAAAGAAGGAAUAUGUCUUCAUAUGUAUUGAAAGUAAUUAGCAUUUUUUGCUAUUUUAGGAAAUAUACAGAAUAUCAUAAGACAUUCCAGCCCAACCAUUCAUAUCAUUCAACCAUCCAUAUCAUUCCAACCAACCAUCCAUAUCAUUCCAUUCAAGCCCUUAUCAGUAAAUUAUCAGCUCUAAAGUAGCAGCUAGUAUAAAUAUUUAAAACCUGACUAAAUAUUUUCAGGUCUGGUUCCAUCAGCAGUUAUAAUGGUAUCCAAGUAAGGCUGCUAAAUGCUUAGUUCUAAUAGUCACGUAUGAACGAUAUUAUUCUGCUGUGAUGAUUAUUUUAAAGUGUCUUUGAUGUUGCUGAUCCACUGGCAGCAAUAGGGGGUCUUUAAUGCAUGGUUGCUAAAUGUCAUGACUUUCAUACAAAAUUCCCAUUUUUUGUUGCAAUUCUCAUUCCCUCUCGAUUUUUACUGUAACAUUGCACUAAUACACUCAAAUGAAAUAAGUUGAUAGAUAAAGAAAUGUUGGAGCUUCAUAUCAUGCAUUUUGUUUUAUUAAAUUAUCAUAAUGUAUGUUGAAUAUGUAUAAGAUAAAUUUGUCUUAAAGAACAA